AUGGCCGCCCAAAGGAGCCCAGCAACGAAAGGCGCGAAGAAACCUCAGAACGAGUUCGGGUAUGAAGACAAGCAAGCUGUUCCAAAGAAAGACUCGUUGACGAAUCUCCUCAACGAGUAUGUGCCCUACGACAGGGAAUCCUUCAAUCGACUCGUUAGCCCCUCUUUGAAGCAGAAGGCGCAGGCGCUGGAUGUCGCCAAGAUAGCAAUGACGGGGCUGGACAGCCUCAUAGCGUUUCUUCGGCAGCGAAGGAAAAAUUGUGGAGAUCAGAUAGAAGCUGAUGUAGCAGAGGUUGCAAGAAUCGAAGGAGAGCUGGCGGAGAAACAAGCGAAAGUCGACUUGAUCAAAGUACAUCAGGCCAACUGCAAGAGAGAGAGAGACACGAUGCAGCAGGCGCUGAAUGAUUCCAUACAAACCAUGCAGGACUCGGUUCGCACCUGUCACAAGAUGACUCAGCACACCAACUCCAACAUCGCCAAGUUGACUCGCACGAAUGUGCCUCGAUCCCAGCACAACUACCUCUCUACUGGAUCAAAGAACAAGACAGGAAGCAGCCAACUGGCUCGCACAGGCAAAUGA